CAUUAUAGGCCCAUUCGUGCUGUGCCUGCUUGGUCUCUGUUCUCCCUCUUGAAGCGCCGGCGAAACACGACCGCCGCCGGGACCGGGGGGAAUCAGGCGAGCGGCGCAGCGUCCGUCGACAGGUGGUCCUGGGAGCGCGCGGACGGCGAAGGACGCGCACCUCCCCUAAGACUGCUCCACUUCCCUGGCCCCGUCGUCCCGUCUAAGUCGCCGGCGGCGUGGACGCAGCGAUGUUGCGGACGGUGCUGCGCCGGGGAGGGGCGGCCAUGAGGCAGGCCGCGCUGGCCGAGGGAUCUACGGGGAACCUUCUACGGCUGAGCGUGGCGGAGCGGGAGCGCUCUCGGCGGCGUCGGCGCGACCCGGGGCGCGACGAGUUCUUCGUGCCGACGCCGGAGUCGCUUAAAUGGCUCGACUCCGUCACCCUGCCCAUGAUCCUCACCGCCGCCGCCGUAGCCCUCUUCACCAAGCUCCUCAUGAUGCUUUGUCGUGUAGCCUGCAGAAAAAUCGGCUCCGGCGGGCGAGAUGCAGGAGAUAGGAAAAAAAAAAGGAGAGAUCAAGAGAAAGCAAUUAGAGAGAUGCAGUUGUCUGACUACCUGGGCCGAGGAGGUCAUUGGCGUGCACUGAACCGUCCUGAAGCGGCGUGCAGGUGCGGGACGACGGCGGCGGCGGCAUGUAUGUGAUUGAAGUAGACGGCGUUGGGGUUGACAUCUCUGCCCUGCAGGAGGAUGCCAAGGAUUGGGCUGUUGAUGUGCUGACGGAUGCUUUCACUAGAGCGGAAGAGAGUGCUAAGCGGAAGUGAUCAAGAAGAAAUGUACACCAGCAAACGCAUCCACUUCGAAGUUUUGUUUAGAGGAAACACUUUUGGGUUCUCUUGAAUGCACGUUCCAUGGUUUCUUUUGAAGUUCCUAACUCCUCGCAAAUGCUAACGUAUGCGAUGAACUACGGUAGCCGUGUAGAAUAAAGUCUCCUUGCUACAAUAAAUACUACGGUUCUUCUGGGUCUGUACAGAAGCUUCUCCCCGCCCGAUUCGAUGACCUGAAGUUCGUGUCGUUUGUUGGAAUGCAAACUAGCGAAUUCUUGUGUCUUUUUCUUAAACUUUGCAGAGUAGUGAAUUCUAAUUGAGAGCUGUAGUUUCAACA